GGUGAGGUCUGGACCCGAGUGUUAGGGCAGCCCUGGGAAACCCUGCCAGCAGCACCAUGGAGCCACAUGUACAAGAUGAAGAAACCUCCUCCUGUUGACGAGAGCUUCUUGCCUAAAAACGGCCCAGUCCCAACGGGCCCAGUUUACGAGCUAUCGGAGGACAAGUCGGUGGACCGUCGAGCCACCCCUGAGAAGGACUGUGACAAGCCCGUCAAAAGGGCUUCAUUGGCUCCACAAGGACCGGAUAUAGUGAUUGCUCUAACGACUAACAAUGAGAAAAAACCUAUCGAAACAGAAAUUCAAAGCAAGUUUUUGACGCGAGCUGACGAAGUUGACCGGCCCAACGAGAUAGAAGCAGAGGAAGCGCAUAUCGUCACUGAAAAGGUCCCAGAGAUAAUUUCAGAGGAGCGCAUGUAUGCUUCAGACAAAAGGACAUCACAGAGGGACCACAAGUUUCCAGAAACAUCAGACGACGAGACACCUUACAAACCGCUAAAAGAUCCAAGACCACGUAAGACCCCCAUGUUUACCCCGGAGGUAUCAUCUGAUGAGCAGUAUACAAAUAUGAACAAAAGAGGGAAAAAACAAAAGGUUGACCCGGUAUCUGAGGAACGCUUCUUCCCGAAUCCAGAGAAAAAAAAUACAAGAUCCUGGGCGAGGAUACCUCAAGAGCAAUGGGGUGCCCCCAACGUUCGUGCGCAGGCGCGGCCUGAGGCGCAUGACUAUGAGAAGGAACAUGAAGUAGUCCCAAAGGUGGAUCAACCCUCAAACACAGAUUCAGAAGAAAAAACGGAAGACAAACCAGCGUCUCUCCAGCAUUUAGUAAAUGCUAUUGGAACUCGCAUGCGAGAUAUAGAAAAUGUCGUUCAACAGAUGAGCGAGAAAGUUCAACCUCCGAUAGAUAGUGUUGAAAGACUGAGAAUGGAAAGAGCGAAAAAAGAAACCGAUUCGAAAAUUAAACAGCCCAACUCUGACAACUAUAACAGAUUUCCCCCCCAGCAAGGGGUGAGCAAGUACCUCCGCGCCGUGGCUGACACGACAACAGAUGUCCCUCUGUACGUCGGGGACAACCUGAAUGGGUACUUUAGCGACCCUAGCAACAACCUGCUAAGGAGGUCUAUGAACAAACAGGGACCUAAGGAACCGCAGGAAACCUACAUGGUACCCAUAGACAACGAUCACUCAGAUCGUAAGAAACCGACCGACAGUUCAGCCGAGCCUGAACUUAAGCACAAGAAACAUGGCCACAAAAAGAAGAAAUCCAAGCACGGCAGAAGGAAGCAUAAGAGAGAAGAAAAGAAGUUCAGCAGGAUCGCAGAAGGAAACGCGGUGUCAGUUGAGGAGAAUGACUUUGGUAAGGCAUGACUAAUAAGAAGAUUUCUUACUGGCGAAGUCAGUAGGAUCGUGAGUGAGGGCCCUCGGGUCGAGACGGCUACGUAUUAUUGGAAAUAGAUUAGUAAAUAAAGAGUAGGAACGCAAGGUAAAGACGGUUAAGCAAGUCUAAAAAGACGGCCGGCCUGUCUUCAUAAAGCGUCCUUUCCUAAACCUUGAUGCAAAAUCAUCGACGAAUAGGUUUGUACUAAUAAUAGUACAAAAGACACGAUUCCCUGCACUGUACUAGACAUAACUACUCCCAAACGAUUUUCGAACUCUAGUACAUUUAGUACACUCACACACGCGCAACAGAAUGCGAGCGAAAGCAGCGAAGCGCCGCGGAGUGACAAUGACAGCAAAGCGAUCCGUGUGAUCCGACCGCAACCGAACUAGAACAGACUGACUCGGACCGAGAGCGCGCGAAAACAACGGCCGAUCAGCUCUCGGCUAGUACGAACGAGCGUUUACUGUACGCGAUAUGCACAAUUUGUCUCUCGCUCUCUCGGUGUACUACUGUAGGUAGUAAAUGUCCUAAAAGAACGAACUAGUACACUUCAGAGAUCGUACAGUUGGGAGCGAUCUUUUCAGUGAACGAGCAGGCACAACUCUAUCGACGAGCCAUAACACUAAAAAAAAUAUUGAAAAUGUAGGGGCGAAUUUAUUGUCCAUAGAAUUUGAAUUUCGCGCCUUUUUUAGUAACAAGAUUUGCUUGGCCGUCUAUUAGUAAAUAAACAAGACUAGGUAUAUACCUACACAAAAGUCCGUCUAAGCUAUAGAUAGACCAAAUUGCCAUGAUAGUGUUCUUGAUACUUGUUCUUAAUACUGUUCGUGUACCUAUGUUCAGAGCAAUUUUACAUUAAUAAUGACAUGUAAAAAUUUGAAAAAAGUUUAAAAUUGUAGAUAUUUAUUUUAUAAACUCCCUUAUAUUAUUUAAACAAAUCAGUUAUGAAAUAUGUAGUACAAUAUAAAAUGUGAGUGACUUGAAUAAGCUAGCGAAUAGCAAACUAAAACCGGUUAUGAUAAAAACCGGUAAAAAUUAAGUUGCCAUUUUAGUGCCGGUUAAAAUUAGGCAGUAAAUCAAUCAAUAUUGUUAUGGACGUUAUGUCAUAUAUGGCAAGUUACUAAAUUCGGAACACAUAUUUCUUAAAUUGAAUUCCUGAAUUUUUGGGGCAUGGUUAAAUUCUAUACCCAUAUAAGAAAAACGGGCCUCCCGAGAAUUUGGAGACUACCACUGGUGACUCCAUUUUGGAAUUAACAAAACCGUUUGGGAAAACUAAAUUUUUAAUAAGCGAUAAUUUUAACCACGAAAUUUAAAAUCGUUUUGAAUACCGUUUUUUUCUAUGGA